AUGGUACCUCCGCGACGCUCAGCUCGUCUAGAAGGCCGCCGGGACGCGCAACCCCCCAAUCAAACAAGAGGAACCUCUGUUCUGUCUACUGAUACCGAAACCUCACAGACUUUACCGAGCUUGCUUGAGGCUGCAAAGGACCGUGUAGGUCAGUAUCAGCCAAACAACCGGCGUGAAGAGGCAAAGCUUCAAACGGGGCUUACUGCGUUUCUCGGCUGGCUCCCUGAGGGUGGCAGGGAGUCAGUCGCGCGGGACAUCCUCAGCGCGACCACCGACGAUGAGGUUCAUGGGGUGUUCAUAAACUUACUGACUGCUCUGGCCAUGCCAAUGAAGGCGCGGUCGCGGACUAGCAGUGUUAUCCAAUCCCCGCAUUCGAAGAGACGUCAGGCUGUCGAGUCUGUCGCAGCCACGCUCGAUGAGCCCGAAGAACGGAAGAAGAGUUUUCGCAAAUCAUGCAUGCAGCGGGAUGGAUACUGCUGCGUAGCCUCGGGGAACAUGGACAUUGAUGAGUAUAAGGCGAGAGGGAGGCCCAGCGGCGUUGACAGCUGCUAUGUCGAGGGGGUUCAUAUUAUCCCGUUUGCUUACGCAUCAUGGGAUAAUACUGUGGCACCACCCGAGCAGACGGCUAGCGCAUGGGAGGUCCUGUGGCGGUGUUUUCCCCGCGUCAGACAAGUAGGAAUGCAGGUCGCCUCCAUCAACGACCUGUCCAACGGGAUUACAUUACGAGGGUCCCUCCAUCGAGAAUUUGGCCGCUUUCAAAUUGCAUUCAAGCCCACGAACGUCCCAAAUGUAUAUGAGAGAAAGCUGUUCCCCGACUUCGCAACCGUUGAGAGUAGGACCCUACCUUCGAGCCCCCGUAUCGAGUUUACCCGAGCUCCUGGGACUGAAAACUAUGCUCUUCCCAGUGCUGCGUUGCUUGACUGCCAUUACCGGCUUGCCGAGAUCCUCAACGCGUCCGGCAUGGCGGAAGUGAUCGAUGAGCAGUGGCGACGAUGGGAAGAUCUGAGGGAAUCCACAGGAGGGAGCGUUCAUCCGGAUGGGAAGACCGACAUCGGAGGAUAUCUCAAUGCUGCUCUAUGGGAGCGGGUGGUGGGAUAG